CCCUUGUCACACGGCAUAACCUCCUGCGCAAGCAGAAGCUGACGAUGGUGGACUUGUUCAAGAGGGCUGGUAUGGACAGGAGGAAGAUCACGAGAGCAGACUUCAUUCGAGUCAUCAAAGCGACCAAAGUUCCCAUCAGCGACAAGGACCUGGAGAUGGUGAUCAUCUUCCUGGCUUCCUCAAAGAGGGGGAAUUUUAUAAGCAAUGAAGAUCUGAUUGAAUGUCGAAAGCAGUGGCUGGAAAUGAUGAAAGGACAAUCCAGAGAAACCAGAACAGGUGUACAAGUGCAGUUCCACAAAACCACUUGCACAACUGUCAGCUCUGUAGCUUCUGCCAGGGACAAAGCCAAAGAGAUGAAGCCUCGUGCUCCUACAAAACCUGAAACACGGUUAAUGCUGUUAGAAGUUCCCCCAGUCACCACCAAGCCAGAACGCAGAUAUCUAAGCUAUGAUGAAAUGGAAGAGACUGGAAAAGAGUUCAGAGACAGGAGGCGAUGGAAGGAGGGCAAAGACAGCUGGCUAGAAUUGAAAGAAAAGUGUCGUCUGUCAAACGACAAUGACUUCUGGCCAGGUCAUCUUCUGGACGAGAUAUGCCUUUACCUACCCGAAAUGGAGCCUGGCAGGACACACGCCUUGUUCAGGUGCGUCCGUUCAACCAAGCCCAUCUUACCGCAGCUG